AUGUCGAAAUUUGUUAACAAAAAGAUACAUGUUAUAUCAAGUGGAAUUGGAAAUAUUUAUAUAACAGCUAUUGAUGAAAUAAAUAUAACAUUAAGUGGAAUCGGUACUAUUUAUUAUUCAGGUCCGCUUAAAGAACAUAUUAAUACAGGUUUAGGAAGUAUUUUAGAAAUACCAAAUGUAUUAUCUUCAAAUGAUCAAUAA